UAGAGCGUUAUAUAAGCGGCGAGGGUCUUGCGCAUGCGCAGUGGAGUCCGCGCGGGUCUGGACGCUCUCCUGCAGGAGAUGCUGAGCUCAGAGUGAUGGGAGACAGCAGGAGGACAAUUAUCACUCUCCACCGCCGGAUAGCACAGAUGUGAAGAUGGCGUCAUGCCCGGAGUUGUGCGGCUCGGAGCACGGUGACGGAGGGCCACAGCGCUACGGCGUCCGCUCCUACCUCCACCAGUUCUACGAGGACUGCACCUCCUCCAUCUGGGAGCGCCACCACGACGAGUUCCAGACGCAGAGAUCGCCCAGCCGGUGGAGCUCUGUCCUCUGGAAGGUGUGUGUGGCGGUAGGAGCGGUAAUCUUGGUCUCAGGUCUGUCGGUGCUGCUCGUGGGUUAUGCCACACCCCCACGUCUGGAGGCGUUCGGAGAGGACGAGCUGCUGUUCGUAGACGGCCGAGCCGUGCGCUUUAACCGGGCCCUGGAUGCGUGCAAACUGGGCGGGGCCGUGCUCUUCUGUGUGGGCGGGGCCGGCGUGGCAACCGGUCUCCUCUUGUUGGCCGCCUGCGGGCAAGGUGGAGUCAAAGACGAGCUCCGCCUCCAGCGACGCUUCAAAGAGCGACUAGCGGAGAUCCAGGCGUCUGUUCCUAACACCGGAGAGGCCAAGGUUCCCGUCACGCUGUCCAAAGUCCAGAACAUCCAGCCUGGCGCUGAACCCUGACCUCCACACGCAUAACGUCAACAUGUUUGAUUAUUAUAUAAUACAUAAAUAUGUUUCAUUCGUAGAGCAGCACACAUCAAGCCUAAGAAUGCUUCACCGGUCACAAUUUACGACACAAACUGAUGCGUACAGUUUUGCUUCCUGGUUCUCCCUAGCGGCUCUUUUUCCUGAGAACGACACGUCGUACUGAAUUCCUCGAAAUGAAAUAAAAUGUCAGUUUGAAAAUGACCUUAAAUAACGGAAAACGACUAAAUUAAAUACGCACACGUGUUUAUAUUGCAAUAUAUCGUAAAACCGAUGAUCGGUUCACGCCUAGAUUAUUUACUUUUUGAGAUAUAUAUCUCGAAGCUAAGCGUUUUUGCUAAAUAUCAUGAGAGGAACAAAUUAGCUUAGCAUAAGAAUCUAUUAGCAGCUGCUAAUCUUUGCUGGAACACACAGGAGUCACAUUUUUUCUGUUAAACGGAAAACCCUGGCCAUCUGACAACACCAGUGUAAUGAAAUAUGUAUACUCAGAAAUGUAGACAAGACAUUUCACAUAAUUAAACCUCGAUUGUCAUUAAAUCUUGUUUUGGAGAAGGAACAAAAAAAAAAGUGGUCAAGUCAAGCGGUAAUAUAUUUGAAGAGCGAAGUCCAUGGUCAAGUAUCAAAGUAGCAUUUAAAUCGCGACGUUCAUUUCAUGAGGCCUUCAAGCUGAAGUGUAGUGUCCUCACACUACUGUACGUUCACACCAGCAAGUGACCACGCCACGUCUUGUACGAGGACGUAGUUCUUCAGGGAUGAACUUUUAAGUAGCAUUUUUUUUUUUUUUUUUACAUCGUCGUCGUCGGAACCAUUAACUAUCUGACUGUAGAACCGUUUUCCCGAACAAAAUAGGAACUCAUUGUCACGUCCGAUUACAGCCGAUUUCUCCAAACAUGCUAAUCCCAAAGUACCUGCACUAUCCUGCAGUAUAUUUGAUCUCUACGUCCGUAUAAAUAAAUAAAUAAAUAAAUAAACAACCAGUAAAAAUGGUAUGUUCCAGAAAGCGACCUUAUUUGUUCUGCGUUAGUUUCUGUCUACGUCACUGCGGGGCACAAACGUGUAUUAUAUUUUCUCCAACAAUGCUAAUCAUUUAUGCUAGUCGUGAGAUCCAACGAGGUCGAUUUUCAUCCCGAUCGGCUCUUCACCGCGCGAGCGUUUUUCUGAAAUUUCCCGCGUGCGAAUCCAAUUCCUGAUCCGUGCCGGAUUUUCUCGCCGGCGACGAUCACGAUGAAGUUUUGCUUGCGGAGCUACGAGGGACGUCCCUAACCCGAUCCGUCUGUUCGUUUUAAUGGGCGGUGUUAUCGUACAGCGACGACAGGAUGGCGCUGACCAAACAAAAACGCACCUGGAUCCCGUAAGGGUCCGAGCGUAAAGUCUGUCCGUGCGCUUUGAUAUUGAGUUUUGCGUUUAUUCACGUCUAGCGUUUUUUUUUUUUUAAAACUUCUCUAAAACGUUUGUGAAUGUCAUCUGAAAUGUGUUUUUUUUUUUUCUUUUCUUUUUGACUUCACUGUUUAGUGACUUUUAUUUCCAUGCUUAACAUUUAAUUAUUUAUAUGUGUUGAUUGAAAGACUCAGAAGUAUGACCGCCAAAUCCAGAUACUAAUGCUAAUCGGGGGGGGGGCGGG